AUGCUACCGUUUCUCUUCCCUGACCUCGCUGCCUUUCCCACUGUCGCUGACCUUGUUACCCACCUCCGCGCUAGUGACGCUCGCUACCGCGCUGCCCUUCCUGCUGAGUUCCGCGCCGCAAACCCUCCUCCCAUGUACAUCACUCUCUACUUUCUCGUCACCCGUCUCCCUGAGUCCCUUCGUGUCGUUAGGGACCAGUUUCUCUCUGUCUGUCCCACCACCCUCACUGUCGACCUCCUUGAGGAGUCCCUGCUAGCGGCUGAGAAGAGCAUCGUCGCUGUAGGGGCAUCUCGGGGUGACCCUCGCACCCCCAUUUUUGAGGGGUGUUCUCCUUCCCCCCUGCUGCCCUCUGUCGCCUCUGCCGCUGCGGCCGACCUCGCUGGUUUUGAGUCGGUCGGUGCGGCGUCUGCCCCCAGCGGUAGACGCCGCUCUGGCAAGGGCAAGGGGGGCAAGGGAGCGGGUGGAGCUAGAGGGGGCGGUGGCGGGGGAGGUGGGGGUGGCGGGGGGAGUGGGGGUGGCGGUGGAGGUGGUGGCGGGAGUGGAGGCACUGGUGGAGGCGGUGGAGGCGGAGGUGGCGGCGGAGGAGGUAGCGGAGGAGGCGGGGGUGAGGGUGCCGGUGGGGGCGGUGGCGGUGGAGACGGGGGUGGCGGUGGAGGCGGGGGUGGCGGUGGCGGCGGGGGUCGGAGUGGCUCGUCUCAGCGGAGCAGCUCUGGGGGUGGUCAGCGCCAGCAGCAGCAGCAGCCACAGCAGCAGCAGCGCUCUCGCACCGUCCCCGCCCCUCAGCAGCUCCGCACCCACACAGCCCGCCGCUGCUUUGGCCGCCUGACCGACGCCUGGCGUCAGCAGUUUCCGGAGGCCGCUGAGAUCCCCCGCUGGGGGGAGCUGUCUAGGGCUGGUGUAGCUAUUUAUGAUCUUGACUUUGAUGCUAUUCUUUCUGCUAUGUAUGCUGUGACUGGUAGUGAUGAGGAUGACUGUUACCGGUGUUUCCCGCCCGACCCGGGCAUUGGUACUGCUGCGUCAGGUGCUAGUGAGGCUGCUGCUCUAGGUGCCAGUGCGUCUGUGCUCUCAGGUACUGGUGAGUCUGCCCUCUCAGGUACUGUGCCGGCUUCGGCCUCUCACACCUUCACCCUUGACUCUGGAGCGUCUCGCUCCUUCUUUCGGGACCGCACCACUCUCACGCCGCUGAGUCGGCCGGUUGCGGUGUCCCUGGCUGACCCCUCUGGGGGGCCUGUCCUGUCUCGCUUCUCCACGGUCCUUCCGUGUCCGGCGGCCCCCUCUAGCACCCUGUCUGGUCUCUACCUCCCCUCGUUCUCGACGAACCUGGUUAGUGGUGCUGACCUACAGGAUGCGGGUGUCCACCAGUUCACUCCUGCUCGUCAGCGGGUGACCCACUGCACGGAGGCUAGCACGGGACGCCACCUGGCUACGUUUACACGUCGGCCAGGGUCGAGCCUGUACACACUGACCACUGCUUCUCCUCCAGGUGCUGAGUCUGGUAGGGUCCCUUCGUCUGGUCAGGUGUUUGCCGCAGCGUCCAGGUCUGGUCCUGAGUCUUCCCCCUGUUCGUGUCGUCGUCUGUCUCACGAGACCCUCCUCUGGCACCACUGCCUUGGCCACCCCUCUCUGCUUCGGCUCAGAGGCAUGGCCUCCCGUCUGCUUGUGUCUGGUCUCCCCCGGUCUCUACCUCCCCUUCCUCAGGGCCCUGGCCCUGCCUGUGUCCCCUGUGUCGAGGGGCGCCAGCGUGCUGCCCCUCACUCCUCCCAGUUUCCUCCGACAGAGGCCCCGCUGCAGACGCUUCACAUGGACGUGUGGGGCCCAGCCCGCGUCCGUGGACAGGGUCAGGAGCGCUACUUCCUGCUCGUUGUUGACGACUACUCGCGUUACACCACAGUCUUCCCCUUGCGCAGCAAGGGUGAGGUUACUGAGGUGCUGAUCGACUGGAUCCGCGCAGCUCGUCUUCAGCUCAGGCAGAGCUUUGGCUCCGACUUUCCUGUGCUGCGUCUGCACUCUGACAGAGGCGGAGAGUUCUCCUCUGGCCUUCUGCGUGCCUACUGUCGGGCGCGAGGCAUCCGCCAGUCCUUCACGCUUCCGGACUCCCCGCAGCAAAAUGGGAUUGCUGAGCGCCGCAUUGGCAUGGUCAUGGACGUCGCCCGUACGUCCAUGAUGCACGCGGCUGCCCCCCAUUUUCUGUGGCCGUUUGCGGUCAGGUACGCAGCGCAUCAGAUCAACCUCCAUCCCCGGGUCUCCAGGCCGGAGACCUCCCCAGCCCUGCUGUGGACGGGGAAGGUUGGCGAUGCGUCGGCGUUCCGGGUCUGGGGAUCUCGGGCGUUUGUCCGCGACUUGUCUGCGGACAAGCUGUCCCCUCGCGCUGCUCCCUGCGUCUUCCUGGGGUUUCCCCCCGACGCCCCUGGGUGGCAGUUCUACCACCCCACCUCUCGGCAUGUUCUGUCCUCCCAGGACGUCACAUUCGACGAGUCGGUACCCUACUACCGCCUCUUCCCCUACCGCACUCCGUCCCUCCCCCCACCCCCGCUCUUCUUGGUACCAGGUCCCCCCCCGGUAGACCCCCUCCCCCCUCAGGGUCCUGCCCCUUCAGGUGUGUCCCAGGUAGACGCGGUCGAGCCUGUCGAGGUCACUGGUGACUCUGGUGCUGCUGCGGGAGCUGAGCCUGGGGGUGCGGAGUCUGGGGGUGCUGAGCCUGGGGGUGCUGAGCCUGGGGGUGCUGAGCCUGGGGGUGCUGAGCCUGGGGGUGCUGAGCCUGGGGGUGCUGAGCCUGGGGGUGCUGAGCCUGGGGGUGCUGUGCCUGGGGGUGCUGUGCCUGGGGGUGCUGAGCCUGGGGGUGCUUCGUCUCGCCGGGAGCCACUCUCCCCACAGGAGCUGCGUGAGUGGUUUGCCAGGCGUUGGAGGCGUACUGCUGGUGCUGGUGGCUCUUCGGCUGCAGAGGGUACUGCUGCCGCGCGUCCCGGCGGUGCUCGUACUGUGGGUGCUGGAGCUGCUGGGUCUGAGGUUUUUCCUGGAGCUGGUGCUGCUGAGGGUGUUGGCGCUGAGACUGCCGCUGGCGGUCCGACUAACAGUGCUCCUGGUACUGCUGCUGGAGGUUCUGGAGCUACCGGAGGUGCUGCUGGAGGUACUGCUGGAGUGGGUGCUCCUACUGGGAGUACUGGUGCUGUUCCUGCUGUUUCUGGCGUUGCCGCGCGGCCCCGACCAUACUUCGUUCCACUCCUGCAGCAGGUUCUUGGUCUUACACCUCCUCCUCCCUUAGAGGGUCCACAGCCUGUCCAGUCACAGCCACAGCUACAGCCUGCCUCCCCUUUGCCUGCUCCUUCUCCCUACGCUGGUCCGACUGGAGGUCUUACUGAGCGUCGUGAGCCUGCGUCUCGUCCUGCGUCGCCUGUUCGUACUACGCGCGCUAGUGGUCGCGGGUCGCGUCAGCGUCCUCCUCCUGUUCCUGGCACGCACCGGAUGUCACUGCGUCCGUCCACUGCUCCUCUGCGUGCCCCUUUGCCUUCUCCUCCUGCUUCCUCUCUUCCUGCUCUUGCCGACCCGGAGUCGGACUCUCUUCGUGCUGCCAGUCCUACUGUCACGCGUCUCCUUGCUACUGCUGUCACUGACCCUUCCUUCGAGUCGUCUGCUGCGUCUGCCCUUGUCACUGAGCUUGACGACUUUGCUGCGCGCUGUCGUCUAGACUACGCUGCUAGUCUUGUCGCUGAGUCUGAGUCUGCCUGUCCUCCGUCCGUCGGGGGUGAGUGUGCCCUCGGCACGGACGUCCUUGAGGACAGGCAGGAGGAGUUCCAGUGUCUGGCCGCCGCUUCACCUCAUCUCGCGUCUGUACUGCUAGCCCCUGAGGGAGACCCGGAUGCACCAGACAUCCCGACUCCGCGCUCUUACGCGGAGGCGAUAGAGGGUCCCUACUCCUCUCAGUGGCAGGCAGCUAUGGAUGCAGAGAUGGCUUCCUGGAAGUCCACAGGCACCUACGUUGACGCUGUUCCCCCUCCUGGGGCGAACAUCGUCAGUGGCAUGUGGAUUUUCAGGGUGAAGCGGCCGCCGGGUUCUCCGCCUGUCUUCAAGGCGCGUUACGUGGCUCGUGGCUUCAGUCAGCGGCAGGGGGUUAACUACUUUCAGACCUUCUCCCCCACCCCGAAGAUGACCACUCUUCGGGUACUGCUGCACGUUGCUGCUCACCGUGACUACGAGCUGCACUCUCUCGACUUCAACACUGCUUUCUUGCAGGACAGCCUGCACGAGGAGAUCUGGCUGCGUCGCCCACCUGGCUUCACUGGGUCUUUCCCUCCUGGUACCCAGUGGAGUCUUCGGCGUCCAGUCUACGGUCUCCGCCAGGCGCCACGUGAGUGGCACGACACACUGAGGACUACGCUCGCGGCACUUGGGUUUGCUCCUUCUACUGCCGACCCGUCGCUGUUUUUGCGCACCGACACCUCUCCGCCGCCGUUCUACAUCCUCGUGUACAUCGACGACUUGGUCUUUGCCACAGCUGACACUGCUGGACUCGCCUACGUGAAGUCCGAGCUGCAGAAGAGACACACGUGCACUGACCUGGAUGAACUGUGCAGCUACCUUGGCUUGCAGAUCACCCGGGACAGAGCACGCCGCACCAUUACCCUGACUCAGUCACACAUGGUGCAGCAGGUCCUUCAGCGCUUCGGCUUCACGUACUCCUCGCCUCAGGCCACUCCUCUGCCUACUCGCCACUCGCUCUCAACUCUGCCUUCGGAUGAGUCCGUAGAGUCGAGUGGCCCGUUUGCAGAGCUUGUUGGCUGCCUCAUGUACCUGAUGACCUGCACUCGACCUGACCUUGCAUACCCUCUUAGCAUUCUCGCACGCUAUGUUGCUCCUGGGAGACACCGACCAGAGCACAUGGCUGCAGCGAAGAGGGUGUUGCGCUACUUGUGCAAUACGUCGAGCAUGGGGCUAGUGCUUGGAGGGCGCAGUCCAGUGGUCCUCACUGGGCACGCAGACGCUUCUUGGGCUGACGACCAGGCUACGCAGCGGUCGUCACAGGGUUACACCUUCAGCCUUGGUUCCGGCUCUGUCUCGUGGCGGGCUACCCGCUCGUCUUCUGUUCUCGGCUCCAGUUGUGAGGCUGAGAUCUACGCUGGGGCUAUGGCUGCACAGGAGUUACGCUGGCUCACCUACCUGCUGACCGACCUUGGAGAGCAGCCUCGUUCUCCUCCAGUCCUGUACGUAGACAACAAGGCCAUGCUGGCCUUGUGUCGAGAGCAGCGACUGGAGCACAGGACGAAGCACAUUGCUCUCCGCUACUUUCUUGCUCGUGAGCUACAGCAGCGUGGACAGUUGCGACUUGCGUACGUGGCCUCUGAGGCCAACACUGCUGAUGUCUUCACCAAGGCACUUGCGCCUUGUGAUCAUCAACGUUGUUGUACGCAGUUGGGUCUUGUGCCUGUCUUGCCUCACUUGCUCACUUCUUGA